AUGGAGGGCUUGGAGCUGAGUAAAACUCCUACAUCGCCACCAAAAAAGAAGGCAAGGGUUGACAAAUGGGAGGGUAGGAAGGUGCCAGCUAAGAAGCUUAAGGUAUGGGAGGCAAUUAAGGCAGUGCAACUGGAAGAGGCAAAUGAGCAGGAGAAGAGGAAGAAGAGGAAGAUAACCCAACCUCCCAGCACAAUAAGCAUUGACUCAGAUAUGGAGUCAAAUGUCCUGGUCAUUGAUGCAACACCUACAGUGACUCACAGCAAAAGAUCAGCCCUUCAGCAGGUUAAUCACUCAGAUGAUGAACCUAUGGAUACUGAUAUCCCCGAUAAGCUUCAGUGGGCAAUGCCAGCCUUGAGCAAUGAGAACACACCUAAGGCACAGCCUUGUGGUAGUCAGACUGAGGAAAGGGGUAGCAGGAAGGAGAAAAUGAUGGAGAAGGCAAAGGUGAAGGUGAUAGAGAAGGCAAAGGAGAAGUCAGAUGAUAAGGAGAAGGGGAAGCAGCAACAUGAUAAGAAAUUAGUUCAGCCAAAAAGUGAUUCUACUAGUACUAUGGACUCAAAGGAAUUUUCAACUGGCAUCAAUGAUUGGGCUGCGAGCAUCCCAAAGAACUCAAAGCCUGGUAAGCUGGUGAUUCACAUCAAAGAAGAACCCAAGAACUAUCACCUUGGAAUCAUUGAUGGGGGGCUCUCUGACGAGGACGAGACCCAAGGUCUUGAAUGUAUCAAUCCCAAAAUCUGGCACCAUGUCUUUAUCUCGACAUACAUACAAUAUGUUGCAACAUUGGCUAAUCCCUGGGAAGUUCCUGCCAAGCUGGCCUGUGAGAAGAUGCAGGUGAUUUGGGAUGCAAUCUUUCCCCAUAUUGCCCACACAGUGACAAGCCUUAGUUCAGUCUACUACAUUGCUGUCCACAACAUCAGCUUGGCAGCUAUUGCAAUUGUCAUUGCAUACCUUGAGUCUCAGGACUUGCUGAGGGACUCUGAUGACAAUUGUGCAGAGUUUGUGGAGUAUGCACUCAGCAGCCUUCAGUUCUUAUACAAGGCAAAUGGUGAUGACAAGUCUAAAUUCCAGGGCCUUUAUCAAGGUGCAUUUGUUGUGCAAACCUUCAGUGUGCACUUCACUGCAACCUGUGGUGCCCAAAAGAUACCUGGGGUAGACAAGCCAGGUGUACUAGCAAAUCCUGCUGGGGGUCUUGCAUUGUCAUGUGCCACAGCAGCAAAGAACAAAACCAGCAUUUCAUUGCUGAAGAUGAUGAAUCAGUCCACUGGCAAGAUGUCCUAUCAGCAAACAGGAUUCAAUGACAUCUCCUGGGGCUAUCAGAAGAACCUCCAUGAGGACAAGUUCGAAGUCAUCAUUGCAUCUGCCAUGGAAUUCUCAAAGAAGAAGAGUCAUCCUGGUGAUGACAUUGAUGAUGCUGCUGUGGAGGAUGACCUUGAUCUGGAUGAGCAUGCUCAGCUGGUGGAUAUAUCUGACACUGAGUCUGAGGGAGAUGACAGCUCUGACAUGGAGGCUGCUAGUGCUGCUGCUGCUGCCACCGCCAGUGUUAAUAUUUCAACAAAGUCUUCCUGCCCAGGCCAUCACAUCAAUUCCAAGUCAGAGACUCAGAAAGCUGCUGCUGCUGCUGCCAUCUCAGGCUGGUGA